GCUUUUAUUUUGAAGCUAUAAACGGAACCGUUGUCGGUGCACGCUCUCUGGCUUGACGCUGGCCCUUCGGCAUCGCGGCAUCCUCGCUGUCAAGAAAGACCGGAAUCAUGGACAACGUACCGGCCAUCGUCAACAUCUGCAUCUCCCUGCGGAUCCAACCCAACGAGGGCCCGGUGUUUUUUAAGGUGGACGGAACCAGGUUCGGCCAGACCAGAACCAUCAAACUGCUCACAGGAUCCAAGUACAAGAUCGAAGUGGUCGUCAAACCUGGAACCGUUGAGGCCACGAACAUGAACAUCGGGGGGGUGGUCUUCCCGCUGCAGCAGCAGUCCAGAGACGAGGAGUCGGUGGUGUAUCACGGUCAGUACGACACUGAGGGCGUCCCGCACACAAAGAGCGGCGACAGGCAGCCCGUCCAAGUCAGCAUGGAGUUUAACACAGCGGGAACGUUCGAGACGGUCUGGCAGGUCAAAUACUACAACUACUACAAGAGGGAGCACUGCCAGUUUGGCAACAAGUUCAGCAGCAUCGAGUACGAGUGCAAGCCCAAUGAGACGCGGACGCUCAUGUGGAUCAACAAGGAGGCCUUCAACUGAAGCUCAGCCUGAGGUCAGAGGUCAGCUCAGUGACCGUGGGUCUGUGUCGCAACGACCAGCUCGGGACAGGAAGCAGAAUUAAAGACAAACUUAAAAGGUAACUGUUUUAACAUGUUUUACAAACUAUACAG